GGAAUUGUGCCUUGAACAAACAUGGCUACUACUAGUGGUUCUGGCGACUCGAAAAAUCGUAACUUUAUUAGUACACAACCAUUUAUCAAUGACUGUCAGAGAAAAGUUCGCGAAGGUUCAAUAUCAAAUCCUGGAGCAGAGAAAGAUGUGCGAUUAUGUUUGUCGAGCUUCAUCGGUAAUUAUUGCCAAGGAAUAUACCGGCUCGAAAAUGCAGUUCCUGCAAUCAAAGAAGUUUGCAAUAUGCACCAAGCUAUUCCAUCUCUCAUGGCUGAUAUAUUUAGCGUUUUUGAUUCAAUGACAUUGUCACAACAACAAACAAGAAAUGAGGACCGACAACGUUUCAUAAAAUUACUGCCACAAUGUUUCGAAAUUGUGCCAGAAGGCGUUUUAAAAGAAAGAUUGGAUGUGGAAACUCUUACUGAGUUGAAGAUUCUUGAAUCAAAAGAAAAAUUCAAUAAAAAUUACAUCAAGAUCAAAACAAAGAUGUUUUAUAAACAAUUAAAGUUUAAUUUGCUAAGAGAAGAAUCAGAGGGCUUCUCUAAACUAAUGACAGAAUUACAUCAAGAUUUUUCAAGUGAAACAGCGCCAUCUACCCGUCAAAUGUUGGAAACUAUUCAGUCAUUAAUAGGAUGCUUCAAUAUCGAUCCCAAUAGAGUAUUGGAUAUCAUUUUGGAAAUGUUCGAAAAACAGUUGGAACAUGAGAAAUUCUUCUGCGAAUUACUAACAGAAUACUCGGCAGAUCAUUUGGCGCUGGCAGAUUUAUUGGGGUUUAAGUUCAAAUAUUACGUUACGGAAAAUCAACAAACACCAACAUCUCUUUACAAACUCUCGGCUUUGUUAAUUUAUAACGAAUUACUUCCCUGUCAUGCAAUUUAUCAACAGCUUGGUCCUCAUGACGACGAAAUUUUAGAACUCCAUAGGAAAGAACUAGCUGACAGUAAGAGUUAUGUGCGAAAAACUAAUACUGUAUCCUUACAAGUUGAAAAUGAGGAUGCCAAAGAGGAUGAUGUGGUUUGUAACACACCUGCAGAUAAUCAGAAAAUUGGCGUCAUUCAAUACCUACUAGAAAUUGGUGACUGGACUCAUGCCAAACAAUUGAUUGAUCGUCUACCAGCCUAUUUUGCAACGUCAAAUUGUGACGUUGCGAAAGCUUUAUGUAAAAUUGGUCAUAAAGCUCUGGAACCGUUAUAUUCAAAAAUUGAAAAGAAUAUAACGUCAUGCGCUGUUUCUAAUCGUCGACCGUACGAUUGUAUAACAAAAGCUAUUGAAUCAAUCAGAGUGAACACUGUCCUUGAGUUAAGAGAAAAACUGUUUCCUGUUUUAUGCUAUCUUGGACCCCACGCAUCUAAUGAUCCUACAUUAUUAUUCAAGAUAUGUAGACUGUGCUCAUGCUUUUUAAAACAGAGAGAAAAGUCAUUAAAAGAAAAAGGUUCUACAACAGAUGAAUACGAAAAUAUAUAUCGCGGAAUAUUAACAAUAGUCGAUGAGGUUCUAUUGCCGUCUUUGUCUCUUUUACCUUCUAAUUAUCCUCUAAGUGAAGAAAUUUGGAGUGUCUUGAAAUACUAUACUUAUCAAAAUCGCUAUCGCAUGUAUGGGCAAUGGAAGAAUGAAUCUUACAUUGUACAUCCCAAAUUAAUGCGAGCAAAGGCGGAUUGUUUGAAGAAGAGCAAACAUUCGAUGAGGCGAUUGGCUAAAGAAAAUGUAAAGACAAUAGGAAGACAACUUGGAAAAUUAAGUCAUUCGAAUCCAGCAAUAUUAUUCGAAUAUAUUUUAUCGCAAAUUCAAACCUUUGAUAAUCUUAUUGGUCCAGUUGCUGAUUCCUUGAAAUACCUCUCCUCAUUAUCUGCCGAUUUAUUGGCAUAUAUUAUUAUUGAAGCUUUAGCCAGCCCUGAAAAAGAGCGAAUGAAGCAUGAUGAUACUAAUAUCUCUACCUGGCUACAAAGUCUUGCAAACUUUAGCGCCACAAUUUUCAAAAAAUAUCCGAUAGAUCUAUCUGGUAUUCUUCAAUAUGUAGCCAAUCAGCUGAAAGCUAAUAAAAGUUUGGAUUUAUUGGUUCUUCGAGAAAUCCUUCAACGUAUGGCAAAUGUUGAAGUUUCGGAGGAAAUUACCGAUGAACAACUGGAAUGCCUAUACGGUGGAGAACUACUGAAGAGCGAAGGUGGAAAUUUUCUUACACCAAAGAACAUCAAACGGUCUUGUCAGCGUUUGAGGGAAUCACUUAUCGAUAAUAAUUUAGAUAUCGCUUUGAGUCUUUUAAUGGCCCAACAAAGAUCAUGUAUUGUUUUUACUACAAAGGAGCAUUCUGAAGAAACACAUGUGAAAUUGUUAGGUAAAGUUUACGACCAGUGUAAUGACACUCUAUACCAGUUUACAGCCUUUGUAACUACGCAAGUUUCUAUGGAUGAACUGGAAACUAAAUUACCUAGUUUAGAGGAACUCAUCACAACCUAUAAUGUGACUCCAGACGUUGCUUUCGCCUUGUACAGACCUUAUUUGACUCAUUCUAUAGCAAAGGUUAAUGAAAAAGAAUCAUUCCAAACGGCAAUUGAACAGAUUUUACGUCCUUUGGAAACGUCGUUAACCACUGUUAGACUUUGCAAUGAUUUAACGUUGCAGUGUUAUUUAAUUUUUUGGACCCUACAAAAAUCCGAUCUCACAGUACCAGAAGCCGCUUAUGAUAGACAAAUCCAACUAUUCAAACAACAAAAGCAAGGACUGGAGAACAGUAAUGAAGUUGGGGGAUCGAAAAGAAAACGAGAAAUGGAUAGAUGCUCGGCUAACAUUGAAAAACUGAAGGAAGAGGAGAAAAAACAAAGAGAACACGUUGACAGAGUUCGCGAAUAUCUUAAAAAGGCAAAAGACACAUGGUUUGCUUUAAAAACAUCUAGGAAUGCAACAGUCUCGGAAUUCUUACAAGUUUGCAUCUUCCCAAGGGCCUGCUUCUCAGCUGUUGAUGCGCUUUAUUGCGCUGAAUUUGUAAAAACUCUCCAUCAUUUAGAAACACCUAACUUCUCAACUCUCAUAUUUUUUGAUCGAGUUUUUUGCGAUAUGACUUAUUGCGUAACAAGUAGAACAGAAAACGAAGCACACAGAUACGGUAGAUUCCUGUGUUCUUUACUCGAAACAAUCAUGCAUUGGCAUAAAGACGAAGCUAACUUCGAUAAAGAAUGCGCCGCUACACCAGGAUUUAUAACAAAUUUUCGUGCUGCUGUUAAAUCAGCCAGUGAUCAUCUAGAUUAUCAAAAUUACAGACACGUUGUUCACAAAUGGCACUUCAGCAUAACAAAAGCAAUGGUGGCCUGUUUAGAAUCGAACAAUUAUAUUCAAAUUCGCAAUGCAUUAAUUAUUCUGACAAGAAUUCUACCACACUAUCCAAAAGUUGUCAAAUUUGGCCUUGCAUUAGAAAGGAGAAUCGAUCGGAUGUGCCAAGAGGAAAAAGAAAAAAGACCUGACUUACACGUUCUCGGAACAGGAUAUUCAGGACAACUAAAAGCCAAAAAGAAAUUUUGGAUUCAAGAAGAACAAUUCCAUGCCAGAGAAUCACAAAAAAAGAAUCUCGCUGCUAAGGUUAAUGGUGUAAAGAAAGAUGGAAAAAAUCAAACUGCUGAUCCAAAAGGAUCAAGUAAAAAGCAAGAAACUUACGUUAAAAAAUCCGACGCAUUAUCCACCAACUCGCCGCUAGAUAAACUGUCACCCUCUUCUCCUAAAGUGGAUGAAAAACGCCAAAGAACAGUGAAAAUGACAAAGAUCAAGGAAAUUGACAAUAAUAGUUCAAAGAUUGAACAAACAACAGAAGACAGAAAAGCAACUAAGCGCAAAAUUGAUAAAACUGAACACCAAGCUUCAGCUGAAGGUAAAAUCUCUCAAAAGCAGUCUGAUUUUAUGGGUAUUAAGAAGAGAGAAGAAUAUAUUGAAAAGGUUAAAGCCGAAAAAGAUGUUGCAAGGGAAAAAGAAAGAUCCAAGGCCGAAAUUAAGAUGGCGUCUAGUGAACAAUCAACCACAAAGGAAUCUUCUAGGCAGAGAAUAAAAGAAACGCAAUCUGAUCAAUGGGCUGAUUCAAGAGAAUCGUCUAGAAGCAUGGGAGCUUCUGAGAAAGAAAAAAGAAGAAAACUUGUUGUUGAAGACGAAGGUAGAUCAUCCAAUAUUCAAAAAAGAAAUACAGAAUCCGGGGCAUCACCUAAUAAUCUGUUCGGAUGCGCUGAGGUAAAGAGAGGAAGCGGAGAAAAAAAGAGACGCAUUGACUCCAGUCCCAGGGAAUCGCCUCAGUACUUUGAUGAUAGAAGGAGUUCUAGGAGCGACAAUUCUCAUAGGCAAAUUUCACCUCCUCGGAGAAUAUCGCCCAAUGAAGAAAAUUUUAGGGAUGUUAGAGCCACGAAAAGAAACACCAAGAAUUUAAGACGCGACAAUUCACCCACAAAUCUCUUUUACGAUCGUUCGGAGCGUAGAAACGAUGAUCGAACAGAAGGGCGAAUCGCUGAAAGGGAUAGCGUUCGAAAAAGAGAACAUCCUGAACAGCAGUAUCAUUUAGAUUUGAAACGUAGGAAACCCAGUAGCGCUCCAUUUCAUGAACCUAUUGAGACCGAAGAUAACAUCAAUGAACAAAGACGUUCUGCUAGACAUAUAUCAAGAGAAAAGAGAGAUAUUACAUUCGACGACGGCAGUGCUAUGUCUGGAGUAACUAAACGGGAUAAAUUAAGUAAAGCUGGGAGUACGGAUGAAGAAGUAUCUAAACGUGAAAAGAAAAUGAAAAAGACGAAGAAAUAA